UACAGAUCACGUGACGGCGGUAACAUCGAAGGCGCGCACAUUUGCAUAAUAAUCAAUGCCUAUUGAAGGGUAGCAUUUUUACCUUCAAAUUGUAAUUAGUUACUUAAAAUUCUGGGCGUUUACGGUCACUAGACACUGCCUUUCCAACGCGCUGUUGCCAGCUCUACAGCAGAGUUUGAGUCCUCAGUUGAAAUCAAUCUCAGUAACACACUAUGGAUGAUGAUGUGCAGUUGACUUACAAGAAGAGGAAAACGCAGCGAAGAAUUCGUUGUAUUGGAGCGAUAGUCUUCGUGAUUCUUGUCUUUGUGAUUGGCUUUUUGAUCGGAUAUUUUGCAAAGAAAUCCGGGUCCAAAGAACAUGACAAGGAACCCAGAGAACGCGAUAUGAAGGCAGAACUGCAAAAGCGCCGUGAAGAAAGGAUGAAUUUUCACAAGCAGUUUCAGUCGACUGUCGACGAAGAAGAGCUUGAAAAAAGCCUCAAGUAUUUCUCCGAGGAACCACAUAUCGCGGGCUCGCCACGACAGAAGAAGCUUGCUGAAGAACUAGUCAGGCGCUGGAAAAAAUAUGGAUUUGAUAAAGUCGAAAUGCCAAUGUAUAAAGCACUCCUGUCCAAACCUGAUAUGGACAAGAAAACAAGAGUAACCCUCAAAUACAAGAACGGUACCAUCAUUUACCAAGUCAAAGGGGAGGAGCAGGAAGGAGGAUCAAGCGAGAAGGACAAGGGCGUUGUCCAGCCUUUCCUUGGCUACAGUCCAAGUGGAAAAGCAUCGGGCGAACUUGUUUACGUCAACUAUGGGCAGGUGCAGGACUUUGAGCAGCUCAAGAAUCUCAGCGUGAAUGUCACGGGAAAAAUUGCUAUCAUGAGAUAUGGGAAAAUAUUUCGAGGAAAUAAGGUUGCAAACGCAGCCAACUACGGAGCUAUAGCAGCCAUUCUUUACUCGGACCCUGCAGAUUACGCCCAGCAGGGGGGAGAACCGGAGAACACGUACCCUAACACUGCGUGGCUUCCAGCCAGUGGAGUGCAACGCGGAUCACUGUACACUAUGCCUGGCAAUGGAGACCCGCAGACCCCCGGAAUAGCAGCACUUGACGGGAUGUUCCGGAGGUCGUUCAACGACAGUGAAUUGCCUCCUAUCCCUGCACACCCCAUGGGAUAUGGAGAUGCCAUUCAUUUUCUUAGAAGAAUCAAAGGAAACGAGGUCCCUGCUGGUUGGAAAGGUUCUCUUGAUAUAACGUACCGUCUCGGACCAGGGUUCGACGACAGCGAAAUAACUGUGGAACUUGACGUCAAUAACAAAUUGCAAGUGUUACCGAUCUACAAUGCGAUUGGAACAAUCUAUGGACGCGAAGAACCCGAUCGAUAUGUCUUGAUUGGCAAUCACCGAGAUGCCUGGGUAUACGGUGCUAUUGAUGCUUCCACUGGGACCACUGUCACUACGGAAAUUGCUCGCGUGCUCGGUGAAAUGAAAAACUCAGGUUGGAGACCGCGUCGAACGAUUAAGAUUUGCAGCUGGGGAGGAGAGGAAUACAGCCUCAUCGGAUCAACAGAAUGGGUUGAACAACAUGAAAAAGAACUGACAGAACGAGCUGUAGUUUACCUUAACGCUGACACAAUCGUCUCUGGUAAAUACGUCCUCAUGACUGGCGGCAGUCCGCUGGUCAGAGACACUAUAUUGGAUUUCAGCAAAACCGUGAUGGAUCCAAACGCCCAUGACGACAAGGAAACCAUAUUCGACAUCAUGCUCGAAAGAAACCCUUCCAAAACGGAUCCUUCUAAACCUGCUGUGAGCAACCUAGGUUCCGGAAGCGACUACGCCCCUUUCUACCAGUUUAUAGGUGUUCCGUCAGCGGACUUCUACUACAUAUUUGGCUACAACAACACGCCGAUUUUCUACCCAGUCUACCACUCUCAACACGAUACCUUUAAUUGGACCACGAAGUUCGUUGAUCCCGAUUUCACGUUGCACAAGGCUGUCACGCAACUCACCGGAGGACUCUUGCUCCAGUUUGCUGAUAUGCCGCUGUUGCCAAUGAGCGUCACGCUGUACGCGGAAGCCUUGACCAGAUCACUGGAUACUCUGAAGAAGUCUUACAAGGAGAAGCUACAGAGUCAUGCUAAAUCUAUCGGCUUCUUAGAGGACGCUGUUAAACUGUUCCAGGAGACGGCAAAUAGCUUUACGGCUACUAGAGCUAAAAUCCAGAAGAAACUCGAAGACUUCGAGGUGACGAGUUUUGAAGAACUGCGCCGGGUCAAUGACCAAAUGAUCAAAAUGGAAAGAGCAUUCAUCUACUCCUAUGGCCUGCCGGGAAGGCGUCUGGUCCGUCACGUGAUCUUCGCACCCAGCAAGUACAAUCUGUAUGGCUCUUCCAGCUUUCCUGGUGUGAGCGACAUCCUGUUCAAGCUGGAUGAAACUGGAGACGAAGACGAAGUGGAUCGUCAAAUAUCCAUCGCUAGGCAGUGCAUUCUGGCUGCAGUUGAUAUUCUUACUCCUUAUGAAUAAUCUCUUCGUUUUCCCGUCCUUCCCUCCCUUAUUGUACGAGAUUUUUGUUCACCAGGGUGGGGAUGGAGAAUUUAGGUAUUCGACUUAGUGUGUUUUGUCAAGAGAAGAUCAAAGUAAGAGUGAUUCCCCCAUAUAGGCUAUAUACCCAUGGUAAUCCCUCUUAGGUUACUUUUAGACAUGGUACCCAGUUCUUCUGAGGAUGCUUCCCGCGCGAUGCGUGGACAUCCCAAGCGACUUUCUGGAAACGAGAAUGAGAAACGAGACGAAAUGUCGGGAAAUAUGGCGACUAAAAGGAGGAGCUUAGGAGGGAUUAUCUUGAGUAUCAAAGGCCUAUAUAGGGAAUUCACUCUCUUACCUUGAUCUUCUCUUGGUUUUAUAUAGAAUCAUGUAUAUUCAUUUGACAUUAUUGUGGCAUUGAUGUAAGCUCCGCCUCAAGGUGGCAGUUUUAUCUUAAUGAUAUGUAUCCAUAUAUAGCUUUUGCUGUUAUGCACCGUUUUAGAAACGGGAACAAAUCUGAUAAGCAUCCUGUUGUCGCUCAUAGGCCCGUUACUGGGGAGAAGCCGGAUGCCCCACUAUCCCUUAGCAACGGUCCCACAGGCCACUUCGGGAUGAGGGGUAGUCGCAGUUUUCUUCUGGUUUCAAGGAAGUAAGAAAUAGUGAAGGUGAAAUCUCUCAGGCCUCUGCGAAGUGGCGGAUCCUGCAAUUUCAAUCACUUAGUUGCUAAGCAACAAAAAAGAAAAAAAAUUGGCACUAUGCUUUGAUUGAAUAAUAAGAACUAGUAAAUCUUGGAGUGAUUUGGAGAAUUGAAGAAGAUUCCCGCCCAAAAACGCGUGCUUAUACGCCAGACUAAACAUAACUGUAACUACAUCAGAGAAAAAUAAUGUUUGUAACUUAGGUUUUCAACUGAGAAUAAAAUAUGACAUCCAUG